AUGUCCGCCUCGGUGGGCCCUCGGGGCGGCCCGCGGCCCCCCGCCGCGCCGGCCAUCCCGGAGCCGGACCUGAGCCAUUUGACGGAGGAGGAGAGGAAGAUCAUCAUGGCUGUGCUGGCUCGGCAGCGGGAGGAGGAGGCGAAGGAAGAGGCCAUGUUAAAAGAAGAGAAGCCUAUUCAAGCGAGAAUGGUGAACCUGGUUGGGCAGAAGAAGCCUUCACAGCAAAACGACGUCAGGGGUAUCCAGCAGCAGUUGUCCAGCUACAGGGAGACGGUGGUGCGUCAGGCCACGGCUGCGGCGGGGGCGGGCACGCACCGGGACGAUGCGCCGACCUGCGGCAUCUGCCACAAGACCAAGUUUGCCAAUGGCUGCGGAAACCUCUGCUCGUACUGUCAGACCAAGUUCUGUGCCCGCUGUGGAGGGCGAGUCUCCCUGCGCUCCAACACGGAGGACAAGGUGGUUAUCUGGGUUUGUAAUAAUUGCCGCAAGCAGCAGGAGAUCCUGACCAAGCCAGGCGAGUGGUUCUCGGGUCCAGCUGGGAAGACCACCACCGGCCUUGACUCGGCUGUCAGUGAACCAUCCAUGUGCCUGACCAAUGGGAGCAAGAAUCUCCAAACUCGGUCCCAGGCCCAGACAACACCCCACGACCCCAUCCGGACCGGUGCACCCGGGACCGUGUCUGGGGCCGACCUCCGCUCACGCAGCGAACCACCAAGAGAUGCGAACAACGGACGGGGUGGCGGCGGAGUGGGUCGAGGGGAGCGUCAACCAGGCCAGCCCAGACUCCAGACCCAAGUAUCCAUGGACCGCGACCUCCGCGGGGACUCCAGAGAGCGCAGGGAGGGUCGACGGCUGACCAAAGGACGCUCCCUGGACCAUGACCCUGUUGGAGGAGAAGGGGUACGACAGACAGAGGUAGGGGGCUACCAACAUGUGGCCCUCAGUGGACCCCUUCCCCGCCAACACCAGGGCCAGCUGCAUCAAACAGGUGCUGUUCCUCCGGGAGGUCGGGGCAAUACACCGCUCGCCCAGGGCAGGUGUGCUGGUGCGGGGGGUGAGGUUGGAGUCGAGGGCAGAGUCUCAGGCCCAGGGAUUCGGCCCGGUCCUGACGGCAGACAGGGACAAAGGACAGCGGGUGUGGUUGGCGGGCCCCAUGAGCACCCCCCUUUGCAGCAAGUCCCCCCCGCUGAACUGCGAGAGCCCCCGCCUGGAUCAGGGCCAGCUGCUGCUCCUGGCCAGGGGGCAGCAAUGAGACGGACCAAACGGGAAAAGGCCGAGAGCAUGCUGCGCAAUGAUUCGCUGAGCUCGGACCAGUCGGAAUCAUUGCGCCCACCCCCGCCAAAGCCCUACAAGACGAAGCGAGGGAUGGGGGUAGGGGGAAAAAGGCAGACCAGUGUCAGCAGCUCAGAGGAGGAGGGUGGGACCACGCCAGAGUACAGCAGCUGUGAUGAUGCCGAGAUUGAAAGUGUCAGUGAGAGAGGCGACUGGGAGUGCUAUCCACAUGACCCCGCUGUAUGGCACCACCCGGUGACCUGGCAGCCGUCCAAAGAAGGAGACCAUCUGAUUGGACGAAUCACUCUCAGCAAAAGGAGCGCCGCCAUGCCCAAAGAGGCCGGGGCGCUGCUGGGACUUAAGGUGGUUGGGGGCAGGGUAACUGAGUCAGGAAGGUUGGGAGCCUUCAUCACCAAAGUGAAGAAGGGCAGCCUGGCUGAUGUGGUGGGCCAUCUGAGGGCAGGAGAUGAGGUUUUGCAGUGGAAUGGAAAGCUGCUACCUGGAGCGACCAUGAAGGAAGUUUACAAUAUCAUUUUGGAGUCCCAAGCUGACAUUCAGGUGGAACUAGUGGUAUCCAGGCCUAUUGGGGUGUGUAGAAAAUAUCAUGAUAUCCCACGAAUCCCCGACACGUCCCACCCUCCAUUAGAAUCUACAGGUUCCAGUUCCUUUGAGUCCCAGAAGAUGGAGAGACCAGCCAUAUCCAUCCUGUCUCCCUCCAGUCCCGGAAUGCUCCGAGACGCUCCACGGCUAAUGCCCGGAAAACUCUCUGUGAAGCUCUGGUAUGACAAGGUGGGUCACCAGCUAAUAAUCAACGUAGUGCAGGCUGUAGAACUGCCUCCUCGGCUAGACGGAAAGCCCCGGAACCCCUACAUCAAAAUGUAUUUCCUCCCGGACCGCAGCGACAAGAGUAAGCGGAGGACCAAGACAGUGAAGAAGAGCGGCGAGCCCAAGUGGAACCAGACGUUCGUCUACACCCAUGUCCAUCGCAGGGACUUCCGCAACCACAUGCUGGAGCUGACCGUCUGGGACCAGCCAAGGCUGCCGGAGGAGGACAGCAGCUUCAUGGGAGAGGUUCUGAUAGAGCUGGAGACGGCCUUACUGGAUGACAAACCUCACUGGUACCCCCUCCAGACCCACGACGUCUCCUCAAUACCCCUACCCCGACCCUCCCCGUACCUGCCCCGUAGACACACACACCCUGACACCCCCAGCAAGAAGCUGCAGCGUUCUCAGCGUGUAUCAGAGCCUGAGUUUGGUGAGGGUACACCAGUAGUAAACAAAGCAGCAGAUGGCCGUGGCCGGGAGAGACAGCGCGAGCCCUCAUCCAAACUAGAGGUACCAGAGCAGCAGCGGAGCAGCGGCUACCACCUGCGCUCACGCUCCGUGUCGCCGCACCGCGAGGAGCAGGGCCGCAUGCGCUCACGACCGCCCAACGUCCCCGCUCAAAGGAGUCUGGAUGAUGAGCUUCCUCAGAGUCGGCGGUCUCGCUCCCCGACACGCUACUAUGACUCUGGCAGAGGCCACCACCAAGAGGAAGAAUAUCUGGAUGACAGUGAGGUCAUCAUGAUCCACCAAUCAAUGCGGGGCAAAAGUGCUGAGUGCCUACAUACCAGAAGAUCUGCUAGGCGCAGUAACACACUUCCUCCCAGGAUGCCGCUCUUAUUCAAUGGCAUCCAUAAAGACAAGUACAGUGAUCUGCAGCCUUCUCUGGGAAGGGUUAGAAGUGCUAGCAUCAACUGUCUGACUCCAAACAAUCAUGUCCUCUCACCAGAGUCUGAAAGAAAACCGUUGUUCCGAUCUCUGCCCCUGAGACGUUCGGCCAGCCCCCGGAUUCUAAUUCAACAUGCCUCCCCCGAGGACGACAGGCAGCCUCGGAACCUGGAAACCCCUGAAUAUCAGACUCAUGGCAGGAAGCUCUCUGACAUUGGCAGGAGCCACCUCCAAAGUGGUGCGACUCUCACCUCCUCAGGGACGACCUCCUCCACCCGCAGAGUGAGGCAGCUCCCACAGGUUCCCACCAAGAGCAGCACUGUAGAACAAGCCCUGGUAGCGGAGGAACGUGUACGUCUGAGGGUCCAUUCCAACAGAGUGUCUACUACCACAACCUCCAGCCAACAGGACCUGCAGCAGGCCCUCAAAAAUAAACGGGAGCUCUACAAGGACCAGAGGAGGAGCUGUGAGAACGUAUCCCACAAGUCCUCAGACAGUGAUGUCAGUGAUGUAUCAGCCAUCUCUCGUACCAGCAGUGCCUCUCGCAUCAGUAGCACCAGCUACAUGUCCAUCCAGUCAGAAAGACCACGAGGGCGCUUCAGCCGGGCGAUGCGUGCCACGGGCCGUCACAUGAUGAAAAGCACGAGCGUAAGUGGUGAGAUCUAUGGCAUGGAGCAUGCCGAUGGCAGCCAAUCAGACACGGCGCUGGGCAGCCUGGGAGGCGGGAUCAAGAAGCGUCGCUCUAGCCUCAGCCAACGGGUAGUCGCCAUUCUGCCAUCGAGACGGAGCAGGAGCACCUCCCAACUCAGUCAGACAGAGGCGGCGGGUAAGGCGGCGGACAGGCAGAAAGUGGGCAAGAAGGCAGGUAAGGCCGGGGGCAGUAACAUCCAGAGGAGUGUGGAGACGGGCAUGGCGGUGGAGUAUCCGCGAGGAGGCACAGCCAUGAACCGGCAGGCCAGCAGAGAGUCCACGGAUGGAAGCAUGAACAGCUACUGCUCUGAGGGAAAUCUGAUCUUCUCAGGGAUGCGACUGGGUGCUGACAGUCAAUUCAGUGACUUCCUGGAUGGUUUGGGUCCCGCGCAGCUUGUUGGCCGACAGACACUGGCCACACCUGCCAUGGGAGAUGUUCAGAUCGGUUUGAUGGAUAAGAAAGGCCAGCUGGAGGUGGAGGUGAUCAGGGCACGAGGCCUUAUACCCAAACCAGGGUCCAAAUCCCUCCCAGCUCCCUAUGUCAAGGUGUACCUGCUGGAUAACGGAGCGUGUAAAGCCAAAAAGAAAACAAAGAUUGCACGGAAGACCCUGGAGCCUCUCUACCAGCAGCACCUUCUCUUCGAGGAGAGUCCCCAAGGCAAGGUGCUCCAGGUAAUAGUGUGGGGCGACUACGGGCGAUUGGACCACAAAUGCUUCAUGGGCGUAGCACAGAUCCUAUUGGAGGAGCUGGACCUCUCCAGCACAGUGAUUGGCUGGUACAAACUGUUCCCCCCUUCCUCGUUGGUGGACCCUACGUUAGCUCCGCUCACGCGGCUGGCGUCCCAAACGUCACUGGACAGCUCAGGACCGCCCCCGGGUGUACGAUCCUAGUGACUGACAGGCGACUGCUCCCCCACCCACCCACCCAACCCAAAAACAAUGGACCACAGCUAUUGGAUCACAAUUGAGCGGAUGUGCAUGAACACAUGCCGCGGGACGAGCAGACGCCUACAAUCAACCAAUAAAAAAGCCAGACGGAGAGCGAGAGAGAGAGAGAGACAGAUAGAUAGUGACAAAGAGACAGAACUAGCCAAUCAGAGCUUAGCUGGAGUCUGACAAUCACUUCUCAUUCCUUCCUUCUUCUUCCUCCUACAUCUCCUCGUUUUCAAACCUUUCUUUUCCCCUCCUCUGGGCUGUAGCAAGCAUUUGCUCCGUCCAGCAACAUCCACUCUAUCACCUUCUCUUCUCCUCCCUCACUGCUCUUUCUUUCUUUCUUUCUUUCUUGUGCAGCCCACCCUAUUGACCAACGAAACGGAGUCCCCCACACGGGAGUCCUCCUAGCCAAUCAGAUUAGAGCUUAUUGCUUGGCCAUAGGCAUGAGUGUACAAAUGACGCGGGGUUUUAGCCAAUAGCAAACUGUGACAGCUGCUCCGUCACGUCGUCGUUUUGGCUGCGGCGUCUCUUCCAGUUGUCCCGGUUGCGGCAGUGCCCCUGUGGGUGUGCAUGGAGAGCGGCGGUGGGCAUGGUUAUCGCGAUCUAUGAGCGAAGGGGAUCCUGCACGUGCACGUGCGAAUUUUCUAGCCUUGUCACGAGGUGAAAGCAAGCACAAGAAAAGCUUGACUCCUUAAUCCAGAAGGAGGCAAAACGUUUUUGCUCUUUGUCCAAAAAAAAAGGAAAAAAAAGAAAAAAAGAAGAAUAAAUAGAGGCCAAAUUAACAGUUUGCUUUUUAUUUUUUUAUUUUGAAUCCAUUUGAGUUUCUUCUCUCUGUUUUGCCUCAGAAUGGCACCGCAAGGUGCAGCCACAAGGUGCAGACGCCCUGUAUGUGUGCGUGUGUGCGUGCGUGAGUGCGUGUUUGAUUUUCGAGCGACGGCGGGCGGCCCAGUCACGGCCGUUCGAAUGACCUUUGCACCCCCACCCCCCUCAAACUCCCCCUGUGAGAGGGAGCAGCAUGACUCGGGGACCCCCUGGCCCCAAGCUGCAUGCACGGUUUUUUUUUUUGUUUGUUUUUGUUUGUUUUUUGUUUUGUUCUCUUUUGUAAAACAAAGAUGAGACAAAUUAACGAAGAAUCCUAAAAAAGAAAAAGGAAAAAAAAGAGACUAGACUGUGUGUUAGUUCCACAUACUUUUAGGCCAGCUUGUAUGUUGCAUGUACUUGUACAGUUUGCUCGUACUGAAUAUGAAUACAAACUGAGAAAAGCCAAGCCAUCCCCGCCCCCUAAGCAGGGACGGACCAAUGGGGGAUCAACGCAGCCCAGGCCACGCCUACCACUCUGGGUCUAAACAUCCAUAUUAGGAAGUCUCUAAAAAGAUGUUUCUUUCUCGUUUUGUUUUGUUUUUGGGGUUUUUUUGUUUUGUUUUUUUGUUUUUUUUGUUUUGUUUUUUUUCCAAACCCUCGGAACAACAGUGCUGUCGUGUAGUCCAGAGCAUCCUCCGGCGCCGGCGGUGAGGAUGUAGGUGUCUAAACUGUAGUCUAACACAACGGGGGCUAGAGACAGAGAUAGAGAAUGUGUGUAUAACAGCUAAAUGUAUAGGAAGUAUUAUUUUGAGUUUGACAGAAAUUAUAAAGAUAUAGAUAUAUGAAUAUAAAAAGAGUGUAUCCGACUGUACACACCCAUCACCGAUGCCCACACAUGCACACCUUGUACAUAAAAGAAAAAAAAUCGGGAUGAACGGCUUGAACAUAGGCUACAAACAAACAAACAAACAAACAAAAAGUUCAACAUCGCCGGCACACAAACAUUCCUGGUCUGGCUCGCGGGGGUCCGUGUCCCGUCGACGUGCCGCUGAGCGGCGCUGGAGUCACACACGAGCUCCAACGGGCCUUUCACUCUCUCCCAAGUUGCAGCCAAAAACGAAAAGAGCUUAUCGGAACAAUUGUUUUCUUUACUGAACCCCUUUAACCGACUCCCACCCCCCCCCCCUUUUUUGUUUUUUUAACUUUCUUUCUUUCUUUCUUUGUGACUAAUGGUUUGGACUGGACUUUUAACGUCAACGAGAAAAAUCUGGUUUGCGGAUGUACUUGUCCGAAUGCUUCUGUUGAAACCCUUAGCGGUGUGGCCAACUGCCCUUUCCUUUGUCAGUAUUAACUCGAGGAAUACUGAUUGUUUACAGUUCAUGGCUCCCAGUCCUCCAUCCCAGACGAAAGACGAAGUAUUCACUGCAACAGUUCUUGUUUGUAUAACAGAUGUGGCUCUACUGAUGUGUAUGUUUUAUAUUCAAGAGUUCAUUUUUAUUAUUUACAAAUAAAAGACUGUGUGGAAUAAAAAAAAAAAACUAAAAAAAAAAAACAAACCAAAAAAAACAUGGGCUUUGGAAUGGAGUGGCCUCGAAUUAUUAACUCGGUGACCCCUGACCCUCACUUGAAACGUAGGCAUGGUUAAUGUUGAGAAUAAUGACGCACACC